GAGAGAGAGAGAGAGAGAGAGAGAGAGAGAGAGAUGGAAGUGCAAGUGGAAGAGAGCUGGGAGGAGUUGAGGGAGAGUUUUAGAAAUAGGAGGACAAGGAGUGCUGCUUGGAGGAAAUCCCAACUGAGGGGUCUUUUGAGGCUCUUGCAUGAUAAAGAAACUGACAUUUUCAAUGCCAUGAAAGAUGAUCUGGGCAAGCACCCCACCGAAACUUACAGAGAUGAGGUUGGAAUUCUAGUAAAAUCUCUCAAUCUCACAUUGACUUGUUUGGAUAAAUGGAUGGCAAGUUCAAAGGUUCAUGUGCCUUUGGUUGCAUUUCCCACAUCAGGUGAAAUUGUACCUGAACCUCUUGGUGUUGUUCUCAUUUUCUCCUCUUGGAAUUUCCCCUUGGGGUUGGCAUUGGAUCCGGUGAUAGGCGCCAUAGCUGCAGGAAAUGCAGUGCUUCUAAAACCUUCAGAACUGGCCCCUGCAUGUUCUUUAUUUCUAGCAAAGAACAUUCCAUUGUAUUUGGAUAGAAAAGCCGUUAAGGUGGUGGAAGGUGGUGCAACCACUGCUGAACAACUCCUCAACAAGAAAUGGGACAAGAUCUUUUUCACAGGGAGUGCUCGAGUUGGACGGGUCAUCAUGUCCGCAGCUGCGAAUCAUCUGACUCCUGUUACGCUCGAGUUAGGUGGAAAAUGCCCUGCAAUCCUUGAUCUCAGUUCCAUCUCUAGCUCUAGGGACAGAGCGGCGGCUAUAAAGCGGGUAGUGAGUGGAAAAUAUGGCCUCUGCAGUGGGCAAGCAUGUGUAGGAAUUGAUUAUCUGAUCGUGGACGAGAAGCACGCUUCUGCAGUGAUUGAUUCCAUGAAGGAGCGCAUCAAGAAGUUAUACGGCGAUAAACCAUGGGAAAACAACAGCAUGUCAAGGAUUGUCAACCAGAACCAUUUCAGGAGGCUAAGGAAUCUCAUAGAAGAUCCAGCGGUUGCUGCUUCCAUAGUUCAUGGUGGUUCCAUGGAUGAGGAAAAUCUGUUCAUCGAGCCAACAAUCUUGUUAGAUCCUCCAUUAGAAGCUGAGAUCAUGACAGAAGAGAUCUUUGGGCCAUUCCUUCCAGUAAUAACGGUGAAGAGAAUUCAAGAUAGCGUUGAUUUUAUAAGCUCUAGGCCCCAGCCUCUUGCUAUUUAUGUGUUCUCGAAUGACGAAACACUUAGGAGACAGGUGAUAGCAGAGACAUCCUCUGGAGGGGUGACAUUUAAUGAUGCCAUUAUCCAAUUUGCAUGUGACACACUACCCUUCGGAGGCGUUGGCCAGAGCGGUUUCGGGAAGUACCAUGGGAAGUUCUCGUUCGACGCAUUUAGCCAUGGAAAGUCAGUGCUUAGGAGGAGCUUGAAAACUGAAAUGAGCUUUGGGUACCCACCAUGGACUGAUCACAAACUCCCAUUCCUCAGAGCAGCUUAUAAUUUUGAUUACAUUGGAAUAUUUCUUCUGUUGAUUGGGUUGAAGAGAAAGUAAUGGAAACCCAAUUUCAAGUAUCUAUUUGCUAUUUGCUUUGCUUAAAAUAAAAAAUAAAAAGUAUCUAUUUGCUUAAAAAACAUAAAAGAUAUGUACCUGACCAUUAAGGCAUAUGGUAUGUUUCUAUCUAUUUGCUUAUGGGUAGAAGACAAUUGAAAUGUAUCUUUCACAUUACUUAUAGUUUCUUCUCUUUCUUG